AUGACUGCUGUGAGCUACGUAAUUCCGAAUGUUUUAGUGGGCGGUACUGAUACGGUCUCAACGACUAUGGAAUGGUUUAUGCUCAUCAUGAUUUUGCAACCUGAUUUGCAGAAGAAAAUUCAGGAGCAAAUAGACGACGUGGUUGGCCGUGAUCAACUUCCGUCUUUAAAAGAUGCUUCAAAUAUGCCGUUGUUAGAAGCGACAAUUUGCGAAGUUUUACGUUACAUAACCGUGCUUCCAAUGACAAGUCGUAGUGUAACUAAAAAUACAGUAUUAAAUGGUUUCACGAUUAAAAAGUAUAAUCCUCUUCUUGCCAAUUUCUAUCAAGUCCACCCCAAUCCAAAGGUUUGGGAGAACAGCGAGGAAUUCCGACCAGAACGCUUUAUGGAUGGAAAUGGUAAAUUUGUGGGCUGGUCUGCAUUUUCUCAGUUUGUUCUCUUUACUGAAGGUCGUAGGAUUUGCAUUGGAAUGGCUCAGGCGAAGGUUCAGCUACUUUUGAUAAGUUCGAGCUUUCUUUAUCGCUUUAACGACGCUUUUCUUUGGAAGUGA